UGUCACCGUCACUAUCAGUCGAUUCGAUAAACAACUUCCGAAGUUUCGAGCGUUCGUAAAGCUAUAUUACAGAUUGGGAAAACCCAAGUGCAAAACAACAUUUUGUAAUAGGUCGUAGUGAAUUUCACACAAGAAGUAUAAUAAUAAUAAUCAUGGUGAACACUUCCAAAAUGCAACGGCAUAUAGAAUUGCGUAAAUUACCUGCAGCCUCCUUGUAUAACUUGGCUACUAUUUUGGAAAUUAAUAAAGACUGGCAAAAAGUUGUGCCCCUCAUACCGAAAGACUUGACGGCUGAUAAUUUUGAGCGUAAAUAUAACUAUGAACAUAUGAGAUUAAUGGAAAAACAUGCCGAAGAUACAAACAGGAAGUUUGCUGAGGUAUUAUUCGAUGAAUGGAGUACCUCCGGCAGGGUUAGACCAACUUUAGAAACUCUCAUGAUGAUCUUAUACAAGGCCGAAAUAUUUAGAGCUGUCGAUGAAAUUUCACUCAUGCUAGGCGAGCCACCUCUACCCAGGCCAAGUGAUGGCCCAGGAGCCCCUAUUACAACAAAUAUAUCAGCACUUCUAAAUGAACAAAGUGGUGACCAAACGGCAAAUACCACAGCUACAGUAGACAGUGGAAAUGCACACAACUCUGAUCAUGACCAAGCAAUUUGUAAUCACACAACAAGACAGCUGAAAGAACCAAGUGAUCUGAUCAAGUUUUCUGAAACCAUACUAAGUAAAGAUAUACCCAAUCUUAGUGUACUGCAAACAUUUGGUGACAGAAGUACUGCAUUAGUAGAACAGUCAGAUCUCAUUAAGUUUUCAAGCUCUAAAAUAAUGGCUUCAGCAGAACUUCCAGACUUUAGUGCUUUGAUACCCAAAGCUGAAGGUGACUCCAAAACAAUAUCUUCAGUGACUGCUACUACAGUCUCAACUGAACCUGACUCAUCUCAAAUUAACUCCAUCCCACAAAGUAGUUAUUCCCAAUACUCUGCUGGUAGCAACUUGUCAUCUGUGCCCAACAUAUACAGUGUUAUAGAUAAUGCUAUAUUGACAGACAAAAAUUUAGUUCAAUUUGAUUACAGUGAAUUAGAAGCUAUAACUAAUGAGUUUUCUGAAAACUUUACUGACGAGCCCGUGGGACCUGUUGGGAAAAUAGGUAGCGGUGGGUUUGGAGAGGUGUAUGUUGGUAGACACAAAAAACAUGGUCUUCUAGCUAUAAAGAGAGUGCGAAUGCAUUUCCAGAUAAGCUGUGAAGUUGCCAUGAAAGUGUUUAAUACUGAGGUAAAGGCUCUGUCUCUUUUAAGACAUGAAAACAUUGUUCCCAUCUUUGGAUACUCUAUAGAUGGAAUUACACCAUGCAUUGUGUGUGAAUACAUUGAUGGCGGCUCACUUUCAUAUAAUAUUCAAGAAAGAGUACUAGAAGUCAAUGAACGAAUGAAUAUAAUAAAGGGUACAGCAGAGGGUCUGAAGUACAUCCAUCAUAGUGAGAGACCUCCACAAUUUGAUGACAGUGUAACUCAAUCAGGGUCUCUAUCCACUAGGAAGAGUUAUUUUCUUCAUGGUGACGUCAAAAGUGCUAAUAUAUUGCUAACUAAAGACUGUGUGCCUAAGCUUUGCGACUUUGGCUUGGCUAAACAAUUAGAAACAACCUUUAUCACUACAAAGUCUAUGAUGGGAACCUCGGCUUACAUGGCACCUGAGGGCUUUUCUGGUACGGUAACACAGAAAAAUGACAUCUUUAGUUUUGGCAUAGUUCUACUUGAACUACUAACUGGUUUGAAACCAAUUGUGAUUGAGAAUGGUGAAAGUAACAAUAUCAAAUCCUAUGUUGAAGAAAACUGUGAAGACAAUGAUAUUACUAGACUUGUAGACAAGAGAAUUUCUAAUUGGACAAAAGCUCAGGAUAUAUUCAUAGUAGCUCAACGGUGCUUGCAACAUUUCAAGAACCAAAGGCCCACUAUUGAUGAAGUAUGCAAUAUGAUUGAUGAAAUCUGCGCAAAUUAAAUUGUUUAUUUAACUCAUUAACCAAUAGUUCAAUAGUUUAAAUGGUGCAAUUAAUAAGAAUUAAAAAUGUGAUAAAUCUUCUAAACGAUAAUGUUAUAUUGUUUCACUGGUAGUGAAGUAUUUGUAAUGAUAAUAUUUGUAAAUAAGUAGAUACUUAUGAUUAUAUUAUACACAUUUUCAUUUAAAAUGAGAUUAAAAAAAAACGUUGAAUAGUACUUUCUAAACAUUUAUUUUAUUAACUGACAUUUAAGAUACAGAGUACUUUCAUAUAAUAUUAUGUAAGUAGAUUAUAUAAGUGACAUUGUUUUUAAAAAUUGAAUAUUAGAAAUGGUGUAAUCUAUAUGUGAUUCACUAUGUGUGUUGGGAACCAGAUAAAUACACAGUAAAUAAUAUCAAUUUAUCAAUAACGAUUUUCUAUAAAUUCAUAUACAAUCAUCUGAUUUAAAUCCCCAAAAUUUUGGUACUAGGUCUUUAAACUGUCAAACACCAAGCGGUCACCGGUGACCGCAACCUAUUGUU